GACCAAAAAAGCCAACCCGGGUGACAGAUUAUCUGUGUACAUUGAGGCUGUAGCUAGCGACAUGUUUGGUGCGGGUGCCAAGGGCAUGAUAAAUCCACCCGACCCCUCUCGUUACUACUCAAUCACAAUGGCAGAACUUGCAGUUUUUUGAUAGAGAUGUUUAUGCUCUCCUGAUGGACCUGACUGUCAUCUAUGACAGUGCAAAGCAUCUUCCGGAAGGUUCUGAGAGAGCCUAUCAUGCUCUCCAUACUGCCAACCACAUUGUCAAUGCUUGUGAGCCCUUCAAGAAGUCAACUUUCCCCCUGUACGUAGCUUUGGGUAGUUUCAGUGUCUGUCGAGUUAGA